CAUUGUAAUUUCUACUUAGAUUGUUAAACCCAGACACCUUUUUCAAGUAUGCAGCUCCCAACGUUUGUGGGUCUGUGAUGUAAACUUGCGAAUUAACACGCAUAUUUUUAUUUGAAAUGGUUUCAGUGUGGUGUUUGAUAUGUUUUUCAUCAUUAAAACAUUAGAUGCAGGUAAAAAAAUGCACAUAUAAAAUCCAUCGUAUUUUUAAGUUAGUGCUAUGAUGCAACGAUCACAUGUUUCAAUAUUAUUGCUGUGUUCUUUGAUUUAGAUGAGUACAUGUACAUUUCUAGACGUCGCCUUACCGUUUCACACUGACGGUCAUAAAUCAACCUAUUAAACAAACCAAAAAGGGAAAUAACGAAGACACUCCUUGAUGAAAAUUAGGGGUAGACAAAUGUGAAGAGUGCCAGAAAGUCUCCUUUGUCGCUCACUGUGGGGAAAACGAGGAUGUUCAUCUUGUUCUUGGUUUGAAUGUUUCUGAACUUACAACAAAUUGUCUACUUUCUAACCAAAUAUAUAGGUUAUGGUCAUCAAGAAGAAAAUAUCAUUGAAGAUUAUUGUAAUCGGGGAUAGUGGUGUUGGGAAAACGUCUUUGAUAACCCAAUACAUCGAUAAGAAGUUCAGUAAUCAGUACAAAGCCACAAUCGGUGCAGACUUUUUUACAAAACAAGAGGUUUUUGAUGACCGUCUUGUAACAAUGCAGAUUUGGGAUACUGCUGGCCAGGAAAGAUUCCAGUCUCUCGGAGUUGCGUUUUAUCGUGGUGCCGAUUGUUGUGUCCUCGUCUAUGAUGUUACUAUGACAAGUACCUUUAAAACGUUAGAUUCGUGGAGAGAUGAGUUUUUGGUGCAAUCAAGCCCUCGUAAUCCCGAAAAGUUUCCAUUUAUUGUAAUUGGGAAUAAAUGUGAUCUAGAUAAUAGAGCUGUAUCCGAAAAUCGUGCAAAGCAAUGGUGUCAAGCAAAUGGUAACCUUCCAUAUUUUGAAUGUAGUGCUAAAGAAAAUACAAAUGUUGAGAAAGCUUUUGCUCAUAUUAUAGGAGUCGCCAUAGACGAAGAGUCUGCGCUAUUUUGUCUUGUUAAAUAACAUUGUUCAUUUAGAUUAUUAUCAACUGUGGACUAUUUAAUAGUGCGCUGUUUUUAUCUGACUCGUUUAAAGCUUUUUACUCUUCUGUAUGUCGACUUUAUUAAAUAAAUAUCUGGUGUUUGAAAUCUUCACCUGGAGUUACAAAAUUGAUAGAAAUGUACUCGAGAGUUAAAAAACGAAAACAUUGGGAUCUAUAACUCUUGAUUUUGUGCUAACACCACAUUGUAAAUUCACAUCAGCCGUUUCAGCUUUUGACUAAUAUGUAACUUUCUAAUACAAUGAUUAUCAGUUUUGCUUAAGUGAUAGCUAUGUAUCUUACCGUAUCCAUAAGUUAUCCAAGUUCAGCAGCUUAACCUUAACAUUAUAUAUACGUGUCGAUAUAUUCCAUUUAGUCUGAUUAUAGUAAUUUUGAUCACAUGAAAUUAUUGGUCUUUUUAAUAUUGUAAACUUUGGAAUAUUUUAAGUGGAUAAUACCAAAUUGCAUAUAUCAUGGAAAAUACUAGCUAAAAAUCAAUAUUUUAAGCUUAUUUUUCUAUGAAAGAAAAUAACGGCAAAUUCUGUGUAUGAGUUUAGUAAAUCGAUAUUAUGAACUAUUCGCUUUCAUAUUUUACAACUUAGUUGCAUGUUUUAAAUUCAAUAAGAAUUGAAGAUGAACAAUUUUUAGACUCUAAUUACAGUAUGGUUUUUUAAAAAAACAUUUAAUCUCUUAAUCAUAUCAAUUCAUAUAUCAGUCACGUUUAGCAAUAACGAGCUAGACCAGGUUGUGUUUAUGUAAUUUAAGUUACCACUAUUGAUUGAAUCAUAUCUAUCCAUCACCAGUCAUUUAUGACCACAUUUUUGUUAUUCGGUUGAAUAUUAAUUAGUUUACGCACAAUUAUUAUUGAAUCAUUGAUAUUUUACGUAUUCCACAAAUGAAGUUUAUAUUUUUAGUUUCAACACAGUCAGUCAGCUGCAACGUAGGACCAGGCACAUAUA